AUGUCGAACCAACAGUAUGCCAAUGUCUUCGAUGAAGAGGAGAUGGAUGGUGCUUCUAGCACUGCCAGAAGUGUGCAUCGAAUCCGUAGCAAUAGCACUAUCAUGCAAUUGAAGAAGAUUAUGGUUGCCAAUCGUGGUGAAAUUCCAAUUCGUAUCUUUAGAACGGCACACGAGUUGUCACUUCAAACGGUUGCCAUAUACAGUUAUGAGGAUCGAAUGGGCAUGCACAGGCAGAAGGCCGACGAAGCCUACAUGAUCGGUCACCGAGGUCAAUACACACCCGUCGGAGCUUACCUCGCCAUUGACGAGAUCAUCAAGAUCGCACUAGAACACAAUGUCAACAUGAUCCAUCCUGGUUAUGGUUUCUUGUCUGAGAACGCCGAGUUUGCCAGGAAGGUUGAGGAGGCCGGAAUCAUUUUCGUCGGUCCAACCUACAAAGUCAUCGAAGCCCUUGGUGAUAAGGUUUCCGCCAGAAGGAUCGCACAGGCAUGCAAGGUUCCUUGCGUACCGGGUACCCCAGGGCCAGUCGAGAAGUUCUCCGACUGCGAUCACUUCGUCAAGGAGUACGGAUACCCAAUCAUCAUCAAGGCUGCCUUCGGUGGUGGUGGUAGAGGUAUGCGUGUCGUUAGAGAGGGUGACAACUUGGAAGAUGCCUUUGAAAGAGCUGUCAGCGAAGCCAAAUCUGCUUUCGGAAACGGCACCGUCUUUAUUGAGCGGUUCUUGGACAAACCAAAGCACAUUGAAGUCCAGCUUCUCGGUGAUAACCAUGGAAACAUCGUUCACUUGUACGAGCGUGACUGCUCCGUCCAGCGAAGACAUCAAAAAGUCGUCGAAAUUGCCCCAGCCAAGGAUCUCCCACAAGAGACAAGACAAGCUAUUUUGGAUGAUGCCGUGAGGAUAGCUAAGCACGUCAACUACAGAAACGCUGGUACCGCCGAGUUCUUGGUCGACAACCAGAACAGACAUUACUUCAUUGAAAUCAAUCCCCGUAUCCAAGUCGAGCACACAAUCACUGAAGAGAUCACUGGCAUCGAUAUCGUUGCCGCCCAGAUUCAGAUUGCUGCUGGUGCUUCGCUAGCUCAACUCGGCCUUACUCAGGACAGGAUCUCGACAAGAGGAUUUGCCAUCCAGUGCAGAGUCACAACCGAAGACCCAUCUGAGAACUUCAGACCCGACACGGGUAAGAUUGAAGUCUACCGGUCCGCUGGUGGUAACGGUGUUCGUCUCGAUGGUGGUAACGGAUUUGCUGGUUCUAUCAUUACCCCUCACUACGACUCCAUGUUGGUCAAGUGUACUUGCCAUGGUUCCACAUACGAAAUCGCCCGACGAAAAGUCAUCCGUGCUUUGGUUGAGUUCCGUAUUCGUGGUGUUAAGACCAACAUUCCAUUCUUGUUGUCCCUUCUUACCCACGAAGUCUUCAUCAAUGGAACUUGCUGGACAACUUUCAUUGAUGACACUCCAGAGCUCUUCUCUCUCAUGAAGUCCCAGAAUCGUGCCCAGAAGUUGUUGGCUUACCUUGGAGAUCUGUCUGUCAACGGAAGCAGCAUCAAGGGACAAGUCGGAGAACCCAAGUUCAAGGGACAAAUCAUCAUGCCAAUUCUUACUGACAGGACCGGCAAGGUUAUCGACACCACUCAGCCAUGCCAGAAGGGAUGGAGAAACAUUCUUCUCGAACAGGGACCCGAAGCAUUUGCAAAGGCUGUUCGUGCUAACAAGGGUUGCUUGAUUAUGGAUACCACAUGGCGUGAUGCCCAUCAAUCUCUACUUGCUACCAGAGUCCGCACCAUCGAUAUCUGCGAGAUCGCGAAGCAGACCAGCUAUGCCUAUGCCAACGCCUACUCGAUCGAAUGUUGGGGUGGUGCCACAUUCGAUGUUGCCAUGAGAUUCUUGUACGAAGAUCCAUGGGACAGACUUAGGAAGAUGAGAAGAUUAGUUCCAAACGUUCCAUUCCAGAUGUUGCUCAGAGGAGCCAACGGUGUGGCCUACUCUUCGCUCCCAGACAAUGCCAUUGAGCAUUUCUGCGACCAAGCACGAAAGAACGGUGUCGAUAUCUUCCGUGUCUUUGACGCUCUCAAUGACGUUGCCCAGCUCGAAGUUGGUAUCAAGGCUGUUAAGAAGGCCGGUGGUGUUGUUGAAGCUGCUAUUUGCUACAGCGGUGACAUGUUGAACCCCAAGAAGAAGUACAACCUUGAAUACUACUUGGAUUUGGCCGACAAGGUCGUUAAGCUCGGAACCCAUAUUUUGGGUAUCAAGGAUAUGGCUGGCUGCUUGAGGCCGAGAGCUGCAACUAUCCUCAUUGGAGCUCUCCGCGAGAGAUACCCAGAUCUUCCAAUCCACGUCCACACCCACGACUCCGCUGGUACUGGUGUUGCCUCCAUGGCCGCUUGCGCCGCCGCAGGAGCUGAUGCUGUUGAUACCGCUACUGAUAGCAUGUCCGGUAUGACAUCUCAGCCAAGUGUUGGUGCCGUUCUCGCCGCUCUCGAGGGUACCGAUAUGGAUCCUGGCUUGGACAUCGAGUUGGUCCGUGAAAUCGACAGCUACUGGGCGCAGUUGAGACUGAUGUACUCGUGCUUCGAGGCCGGUCUCACCGGUCCAGAUCCGGAAGUCUAUGUCCACGAAAUCCCUGGAGGUCAGCUGACCAACCUUAUCUUCCAAGCAUCUCAACUUGGUCUCGGUGCCCAAUGGAAGGAAACCAAGAAGGCGUACACACAAGCCAACUACCUUCUCGGCGACAUCGUCAAGGUCACCCCAACCUCCAAGGUCGUUGGUGAUCUUGCUCAAUUCAUGGUCUCUAACAAGCUCUCGCCUGAAGACGUUGUUGAGCGUGCUGAGACUCUUGAUUUCCCUGGCUCCGUUCUCGACUUCUUGGAGGGAUUGAUGGGCCAGCCGUUCGGUGGCUUCCCAGAGCCACUCCGUACUCGUGCUCUCCGUGGCCGACGUGCUCUUAGCGAACGUCCUGGUCUCACUCUCCAUCCAACCGACCUCCCUGGUAUCAAACAGGAACUCCUCGAGAAGUAUGGCCAAGUCACAGAGUGCGAUGUUGCCAGUUACGUCAUGUACCCCAAGGUCUUCCUCGACUACAAGGAGUUCCUUGCCAAGUACGGUGACUUGAGCGUCUUGCCCACCAAGUACUUCUUGUCCACACCUGAGAUCGGCGAGGAAUUCCACGUCCAGAUCGAGAAGGGUAAGACAUUGAUCAUUAAGUUAUUGGCUGUCGGUCCUUUGAGCGAGCAGACUGGACAGAGGGAAGUGUUCUUCGAGUUGAACGGUGAGGUCAGACAGGUUACUGUCGAUGAUAAGAAGGCUGCCGUUGAGAAUACUAGCAGACUCAAGGCCAACCAAGCCGACAGCAGCCAAGUCGGUGCUCCGAUGUCUGGUGUCGUCGUCGAGGUUCGCGUUAAGGACGGUUCCGAGGUGAAGAAGGGUGAUCCAAUCGCUGUUCUCAGCGCCAUGAAGAUGGAAAUGGUCAUCUCUGCCCCACACUCCGGAGUUAUCGCUGAACUACAAAUCAAGGCCAACGACAGCGUUGACGGUCAAGACUUGAUUUGCAAGAUUGUUAAGGCCGCCACCGAGAGUGCUGAAGAGAAGUCUGACUAA